AUGAAUUUGAAUACAGACUUUCCUAUUCCUGGCUUAUCUGUUUUGUAUGAUUUUGUUAGCCCUGAAGAGGAAGAGUAUCUUGUUGAAGCAGUCAACAGAGAAGAGUGGUCAGGUCUAGGGAUUGGACCUAACCCAGAGUUGAAGAGAAGAACACAGCAAUAUGGACACUUGUUUAGUUAUCGAUAUAGAGAGGUUCUUGAAGAAUAUGGACCCUUACCGCCAUUUGUGAGCCGGUUGGUUACACGUAUCAUGGAGUUUGGCCUCAUGCCUGUUGCACCAAACCAUCUGCUGGUCAAUGAAUAUAAUGCAGGACAGGGCAUCAUGCCGCAUGUUGGCAAAGCAUAUGCCCCUGCACUAUUUGGUCCUUCUAUUCUGUCGCUCUCCCUUUUGUCUCCCUGUGUAAUGAAGUUUGAAAGCAAACAAGAUUCUCACAAUAUAUUAUUACCCCGUCGAUCGAUGGUUGUAUUACAACAAUCGGCCCGCUAUGACUACAAACAUGGGAUUUCUAAAGAGCUUGUCGAUUAUACUGCAGAAGGUGAUCCUGUUCCUCGCGACAAACGCAUCUCUCUGACCUUUCGAGAAAUCAUUGCCUGGUCAACCAAAGCCUGUCAUUUAAACCCAAAAGAUAAAUGA